AUGGCCAUUUUCAAUAAGAAACCGAAAAAGGAAGUGGCGCCGAGUACAGUCUCAAACGCAAACGCAAAUGCAAACGAAGUAAACGAGUUGAAAGCUCAACUUUCCGAAGCUCAAAAACUUGCUACCCAAUACAGAACUGACUUGGAACAAGCGCAAGCAUGCUGCAGAAAGAUGGAACUCGAGCUCGAGAGAGUGAAGCUCACUUCCUCCGUGAAAACGAUGUCGCCAUCUACAGCGGAACAGACAUUCAUGGCCAAGCUAGAAGAGCGAGACCGCGAAAUUAUCAAGCUCAGACAAGAAGUUGCCCAGAUUACCGACAAGAUCAACAUGGUCAUCGACACAAAAGAUGCUCAAAUCAGACGACUUCACGCCCUUGGUGGCACCGACAGCACAGUCCCCGCCUCCAACGAUGACAAGAAAGCACGAAACCUCGCCAUUUCCGCCGAAACCGAAAGCGGCGGCGUCUCCGUCCCCAAAAUUGAAAAGUCCGAAGCCGAAAGAGAAACUAUCAGAGUCGCUAUUGCGGCAAAUACCUUUAUGAGAAGCCUCAAUAAAGCUCAAAAUGCGAAGAUUACCGAUGCAAUGAGCAAAAAAGUCAUUCCAGCCAAGCAAGAGAUCAUCACCGAAGGAACGACCGGUGAUUGCAUGUACAUUAUCGAGUCUGGAGAAGUCCAGGUCUUCAAGGGAACUGGUGGAAGCAAAAACCAUGUUUGCGACCUUGGACCCAGAACACUUUUCGGCGAGUUGGCGAUCCUUUACAACUGCAAACGAACUGCCACGAUUAUCAGCAAGACCAGCGUCACCGUUUGGGUCAUCGAGCGAGCGAUCUUCCAGGCCGUCGUCAAGCAGGCGGGUCGAGAGGAUGAGGAAGAACGAUUCCGCUUCAUUUCUUCUGUCAAGGAUCUUUCUGAUCUCCCCGAAGCAAAACUUCGAAGAAUUUGCGAUUGCCUCGACGAAGAAACCUACGAAAAUGGAAGCUGUAUCAUUCGACAAGGCGCAAGAGGUGAUCUCUUCUUCAUGAUCAAGAGCGGAAGCGUCAGAAUUACAAUCAACGAGGGCAAAGCUGAGAAAGAGGUCGCCAAGAAGGCCGUUGGCGAAUACUUCGGAGAGCGAGCCCUCAUUCAGGAGGAUGUUCGAUCGGCUAAUGUGUAUGCUGUUGGCAAGACUAGCUGCUUUACUUUAGACCGAAACGCUUUUAACAGCCUCGUCGGUAAACUCGGCGAUGCAAAGAGUACAACUAAAGUUGCGGUUGAAAGUGAUGAGCCCACGAGAAAGGUGCACGAUGCCUUGAAAACUUGCAGUUUCAACGACAUGGAGGUCCUCCGACCGAUUGGUGCUGGUGGUUUUGGUAUUGUCAAGCUUGUCAAGAUUAAAGGCAUCGAAGACCGAUCUUACGCGCUCAAAUGUAUCCAAAAGCAGCGUGUGGUUCAGUACAAGCAGCAGCGUCAUAUUUUGGACGAGAAGAAUAUUCUCAUGUCUUUGGAGUCUCCCUUUAUUGUUGGUCUUUACAGGACCUUCAAAGAUCAAAAGUAUGUUUAUCUUCUUCUCGAUGCUUACUUGGGUGGCGAUCUCUGGGGCGUUCUUCACAACCAAGGACCAUUCAACGAUGCCAUCGCUCGAUUCUACGUCGCCUGCGUCGUCGAGGGCUUCGGCUAUCUUCACAAACGUGGCUACUGCUACAGAGAUUUGAAGCCAGAGAAUCUCAUGGUCGACAACAACGGCUACGUUAGAAUCAUCGAUCUUGGUUUUGCCAAGAAAAUUCAAGCUGGACAGAAGACUUACACCUUCUGUGGUACUCCUGAAUACAUCCCUCCAGAGAUUGUCUCCAACUCCGGCCACACCAUUGCUGCUGAUUACUGGUCCCUUGGAAUUCUUGUUUUUGAGCUCUUGUCUAAGAAGACUCCAUUCGCCGCGCGGGCGGAUUUGGAAAUUUACGAAGGAAUUAUGAGAGGCAUUCAUAACGUUGCCUUCCCACAGCAUAGAGUUACUCGAAAGGCUGAAAGCAUGAUCAAGGCCCUGUGCAGGCAAGAACCCUCAGAGCGACUUGGAUACCAAAAAGGUGGCGUCGAUGAUAUCCGUAAACACCGAUGGUUCCAGGGUUUCGAUUGGGAAGGUCUUCAGCAAGAGAAGAUCGAAGCUCCAUUUAUCCCCGCCAUCAAGAAUCCCUUCGACGUCCAAAACUUCGAGCCCAUUCCUGACGAGGAUUGGAACCGUGUGCCAGCUGACAACUCCGGAUGGGACGCUGAUUUUUAA